GGUUGGCUCUUCAUCGUUGAGAGAGGAUGACUUAAUUACAACCAAAUAAUGUCCAUUAGGAAACAUUCGAACAUGGACUACGUAGCGAGAUUGUGACUACUAAGCUAAAGUUGAAGCUUGAAGCCUUGGUACCAUGGAUUGAAAAAUCGGAAAAUGUCGCCGAUAUUUCGGAGAAAUAUCGGUUAUCGGGCGGCAUCGAAACGAUAAUCGGCACCGAUUAUCGAUCGACGGAAAAAUCGGCCAAAAAUCGGCAAAAUCGCCGAUAUAUCGGCGAAAUAUCGGCGAAAUAUCGGUGGAGGACCGAAAAAUCGGCGAAACAUCGGCGAGUGGAGCCACGCGCGGCGAAGAAGGCAGAGGACAGCAAAAAAUCGGCGAUUAAUCGGUAAAAUCGGCGAUUUUUUGCCGAUAAAAUCGCGAUAAAUCGGCGAUUUUUUGAAAAAAUCGGCGAUUUUUUUGAAGAUUCCCUGCUUUUGAUCUGACGGCCAAUUUUGAAUUUUUGAGGAUCUGAUGGCCUAGAUUUCACCCGUGUAUGUAAAGGCCUCCAACGGUCAGAUUUGUGAUCCAAUGGUGGAAAAUCAAUCUUGACUUUAUCCAAGGGCUAUGGAGUGUUUCCAACGGUUAUAUGAAGAUCUAAUGGUGAAAUUUGAACCAAAUUUUGAUCCAACGGUUAAAAUUAAUUUAUAACGGCUAGUUUGACCAUCCAACGGCUAGUUUGACCAAAAAAAUUCCUAUAAAUACCCACAUUCCAUUUCAUUUCAUACAUCAAAAUUCUUAUAUGAUCUAGCAAAAAUUUUUUAUUUUGAAAAUUUGGUGGUGAAGGGGAUUAACUCCAAGUCAAAGGCUAAUUAAGAAAAUGGCUAGUGAAAGCGGUACCAUGGGUCGAGAUCCUUGUUGGAAAUAUUGUACACCUAUGGAAGGGAACAAAAAUGGAACAAUAUGCAAUUACUGUGGGUUGGCAAUAAAGAGUGGUGAGAUUACUCGUUUUAAAUUUCACCUAUCACAUACAGACCCUAAUUCAAAUACAAAAAAGUGUCCUAACGUGCCUCCAGAAGUGAAACAAGAAAUAAGACGACUUAUAGAGCAAAGAAAUAAGGCAAAAGCGAAGAAAGCUGUUGAUAUAGAAGAGAUUCGAGCAGAACUGCGAGACACAAUGGGAAGAAGACAUAGGCAUUUAAUUGAUGAGGACGAUGAGGAGAACCUUGGUGGUGAUGGUGGUGGUGAUGGUGGUGGUGGUGGUGGUGAUGAUGAUGAUGAUGGAGAUGAUGAUGUGUAUAUGUAUCCGGCUGACAUGCACCCUGAUGAGCGACAUGCUUAUAGAGAGGCGGUUCGAGCAUCAAAAGCUGCUGAAUGGAAUCGACAACAACAAGAACAUUUUAUAAAAGGCAAAAGAAAAACAGGCGAGUCUUCACAUCCAACCAAUCCAACAACAAGGCAAAUGCGAAAAUCGCAAAGUGUUCGAUAUUCAGAUGCAUCACUGCCUGAUGCACCCUCGUUGUACAAAUCUUCAGCAGCAAGACAGAAAACUGUGAAAAAUCUUUUCAAAGGUGGUGCCAUCAAGGAAACCAUGGGACGUUUGAUCAGUAAGUUCUUCAUAUAUGAGAGUGUUCCGCCAAGUAAAGCAGACUCUCACCACUUCAAGAACAUGAUUGUUGGUGCACAACAAGCAGGUAUGGGUAUAGAACCGCCGUCUCCUUAUGAAAUCAAACACAAGUAUUUGGAUAUGGAGUACAAAGACAUGGAAGCUUAUGUCAAUAUUCAAAGAGAAAAGUGGAAGACUUAUGGAUGCACGAUUAUGUCUGACGGAUGGACUGGGCCCACGAAAUUAAGCAUAAUUAAUUUCAUGGUAUAUUCAAAAGGUAGCACAAUCUUCCUCAAAUCCGUUGAUGCAUCAAAUAAUAUAAAGGACAACAAAUACAUAUAUGGUUUGUUGAAGGAUGUGAUCAAGGAAGUUGGCAAACAAAAUGUGGUCCAAAUAGUUACAGAUAAUGGGUCGGCAUUCGUGAAGGCGGGGAAGUUGUUAAUGAAGAAAUACAAUCUUUAUUGGACUCCGUGUGCAGCACAUUGCAUCGACUUAAUGUUCGAAGACAUCGGUAAAAGGACGAGUGUUGCAGAUCUGAUUACAAAGGCUCGAAAGAUAACCAACUUCAUUUAUAACCAUAGUUGGUUGCUUGCACAGAUGCGGAAGGUGUGUGGUGGAGACAUAGUUCGUCCUGGAGCAACAAGAUUUGCAACCAAUUAUAUAGCCCUUGACAGUCUUUUGAAAAAGAAAGCAAACUUGAAGAAAGUGUUUAUCAGUGAUGAAUGGGCACAACGCAACUUAAGUCGCACAUUAAUCGGCAAAGAGGUUGAAUCACUUAUGUUUGACCAUGCGUACUGGGAAAGAGUGGGAAAGUUAGUGUCAAUAUAUGAGGCGCUAUACACAGUUCUUCGCAUUGUCGAUUCAGAAGUUGUUCCUACAAUGCCAUUUGUGUACGAAUUGAUUCGAGUUAUGAAAGAGAACCUCAUUCGACUUAAUGCUAAAGAAUGGGUGUUAGAAAUAAUUGCAGAUCGUUGGGAUAGAACUCUUAAACAUCCUCUUCAUGCAGCAGCAUUCUUUCUUAAUCCAAGAUUUCAAUAUAAACGUGGAGUUGGUACUGAUCCUGAUCUACUUCAAGUUGUUCAUGAAGUCUUUGCGAAAUUAGAUCCUACAUCAGAAGGUCUUAGUCAAUUUGGAAAUGAGAUUAUACUAUUCCGAGAUGCAAAAAGAGGAUUCGGUGAUCGAGCAGCGAUUGCUUCGAGGUCAGAAAUGGUUCCCGCUGAAUGGUGGUUCAUGUAUGGACAUCACGCUCCUACAUUAAGAAGGUUGGCCAUCAAGGUUUUAUCGCAAACUGCAUCAUCUUCAGCUUGUGAGAAAAAUUGGAGCACGUUUGCCUUAAUUCAUACAAAACAAAGAAAUCGGCUUGCUUACCCGAUGCUCCAACAAUUAGUUUUCUGUUAUUAUAACAUGAAACUAAAGAUACGUGACAUGGAAGCAGAACAAGACAAAGUUGCAGAGAAAGAUUACCUCGAUUUACUUGACAUUGCAACUGAGGUUGGUGAAGAAGAAGAUAACCAAUUGUUUCAAUGGGUUAGACCUCUUCAUCUAGAUGAUGAAGAUGGAAAUCCCGACCCACGAAUUGCCGCACAUGUCCGAGAAGCAGGUGUUGAUGUUGAUCGAGUGUUAUCCGAAGAAGUUCAUACUGAUAGUUUCAGCCAAGACACGAGAGAUUCAUUUCAACAAGGAAUUUCUCAGCCGGCAGUCACUUCUCGACCUUCUUUUGACUCCACGAGUGUUGAACAUAGUAGUAGACCUAGUGCUACUGGUACUUCCGCUUCCGGUUAUGAUGGUUCAAGAGGAGAGGGGACCAAUGAUGGUAGCGACCCUGGAAAUGAUGAAGGGGAUGUUAGACAACAACAACAAAGUGGACAACCAUUGGCAUUUACUUGUGAAGAUGAUUUCACACAUUGUACUCAAGAUGAAGACCACGGCUCUAGAAGAGCCGGUCCAGGUGUUGGAGCCAUUGGAAAGCCAUAUAGAGGAAGACAACGAAGGAUGAUGCCAUACAACGAGGACUCAUUGUCGGCCAGUUUUGAGUCGAUGAGUGUAGAGACUCAAUUCAGUGAUUCAUCAAACGAAGCCAACAUUUAUGCCCCUUAUGCAAUGAGUUAUGGUCAGCCUCCUCAAAAUCUUUCAAGUUCCACUGAUGAAGAGUAUGAAAGGUAUAACUAUCCUUCUUCCACACAAAUGCCAUACUACCUUCCACAUCAGCUGCAACAACAAGGAUUUCAAACGAGCACAUGGGAAAACCCUGGAUUUCCUAUCCAUGGACAAGUUGUUGGUAGGACUCAAGAAAUUUAUGCAUGGCAUGUUCGUACAUACAAUCAAUACUAUCGAAACUCCAUGUCCUGGUAUGAAUAUUGUCUUCAACAAGAUGGGCUCCCUUCAUCUAACAAUAACAAUAUGAUGGAACCACAUCGAUCUUCAUUUUGGUAUUAAGGAUCAUUGCAAUGUCAUAUGUAUUAUGUUUAUGUGUAAAUUGUUUUCAUUUAAUGAAAUCAAAUAUUUCUUAACUCAAUUCUAACUUUCUAAGUGUACAAUUCCAAAUUUCAUAUUUUUUAUUCUUAAAAUCCAAGUAUCGUAAACUAUUUACCGAUAUUUUUUUCUUUGACCAUAUUUAUGUCAAUUACACUUAUAAAAUAACUUUAACAUGCAUAUUCUUGCUUAUUUUAUCAUUCUUUGGCUUUUUUUAAGCAUUCCCAUCAAUUUUGGAUAAUUUUUGUCUCACCGAUAUUUGAUGAAAAAUAUCCACCGAUAUUUCUCCGAUAUUUCCGAUAUAUCCGUAAAAUCCAAGUACCGAUAUAUCCGUGUUUACCGAUAUUUCAAUCCU